AUGACGGGAAUAUCACAUCUUAUUUCAAAAAGAGCAAAAUCAAGAGUUAGUUCACAUUUCGCAAAUGCACCAAGUGAUCAACCACCAAAGGGAUUUAAACCUCAUGAAAAACCAUUAUUAUUAUCUUACGGUACUCCUAAUGAUGGUUUCUUUCCUAUUGAUUCAAUUGAUGUAAAUCUAGUUGAAUUUCCAUUUGAACAUCAGGUGAAAUUUAACAAUUCCAUGGAAAACUUAUCACUCAAUGAACAGAAAAAAAACUCAAUUCAUAUAGAAAGACACUCCACAAAGCCCAAUUUAUUAGAUUUAUCAAGAGGUUUACAAUAUGCAAAUGUUGAAGGUCAUAAACCAUUAAUUGAAUUCACUGAAGAUUUUAUUAAAAGAACUCAUCCACCUGCUUAUGAUAAUUGGUCACUGAUUUUAACUACUGGAGCAAGUGAUGGAUUAAACAAAGCUUGUGAUGCCUUAUUUGAUCCUGGUGAUGUUGUAUUAGUUGAAGAAUUCACUUUUACACCAUUUUUAAGAUUUUCUCAAAAUGCUGGUGCAAUUGCUGUCCCUGUAAAAAUUGAUUUAUCUAAUGAUUCUAAUGGGAUUGAUUUUGAUUAUUUGGAAAAUUUACUUAAAAAUUGGGAUACUUCAAAGUUACCAAAACCUAAAGCUCUUUAUACAAUAGCUACUGGGCAAAAUCCAACUGGUUUUACUCAAACUUUAGAAUUUAGAAAAAAAAUUUACAAAUUAGCUACUGAUUACGAUUUUAUUAUUAUUGAAGAUGAUCCUUAUGGAUAUUUGACAUUACCAAAAUAUCAACCACCUAAGAAAAACCAAUUUGAUUUAAAAGAUCAUUUAACUUUAGAUGACUAUUUAAAGAACCACUUGACUCCUUCCUAUUUAGAGAUAGAUGAUAUUGGAAGAGUAAUAAGAGUAGAAACAUUUUCCAAAUUAUUUGCACCUGGUUUAAGAUUGGGAUUCAUUAUUGCAGAAAAUUCAAUUGUAAAAGUUAUCAAAAAUUAUGGAGAGACAGUUAAUAGAGGUGCAUCAGGAUUAGCUCAAACUGUAGUUAACAAUGUGAUUAGAGAUAAAUUAGGUGGUGUUGAUGGUUGGUUAGAAUGGGUUUUGAAAAUGAGAGCUACUUAUUCUCAUAGAAAAGAUUUAUUAUUACAUACUAUAUACGAAUCAGAAGCAUAUAAAAAGGGAUUAGUUGACGUAAUUGAUCCAAAAGCAGGUAUGUUUGUAACAUUCAAGAUUGAAUUUUUACAAAAUGAUCCAAACAUCGUUGCCAAAAUGAAAGAACUUUUGUGGAAAGUUAUAAGUUAUGGAGUUUCAGUAGUACCUGGACAUAAUAUGACUGUUGAUCAAUCUUUUAGUACAGAGAGGAGUAAUUUCUUUAGAUUAUGUUAUGCACCAGCAAACAAUGAUUUUGAAAUUGUUGAAAGUGGGAAAAGAUUAACUGAUGCAGUUUUGGAAUUUUAUGAAAAUGGUGAAAAAUUUUAA